AGCAGAACGCACGGCCCAACUCUUGUCAUUACUGUUUCUAGCUGGCCCGGCGGGCAGAGGGCAGCCCGAGAGGAAGCAAGUUUCCCGAGCCCGGGGUGGCUGUGUGCUCCUGAGAGGCUGCGGGACUUCGCAGACCCGCUCCAAGUUGUCGGAUCAGUCCUGGCGCUUCUCCGCGGGCACUGAGCAGCUCAUCCAGCUCUUAUUUUUUUCUCCCUCUCCCCGUUGUGGUCCUAUGGCCUUGAACCUGUGGUGAAUUCAAGAAAGGAAUGGAUAUGUCUGACCCCAAUUUUUGGACCGUGCUCUCAAACUUUACUUUGCCUCAUUUGAGGAGUGGGAACAGGCUGCGGCGAACACAAAGUUGCCGAACAAGCAACCGGAAAAGCUUGAUAGGCAAUGGGCAGUCAACAGCAUUGCCUCGGCCACACUCGCCCCUCUCGGCUCACGCAGGCAAUAGCCCUCAAGAUAGCCCGAGAAAUUUCUCCCCCAGUGCCUCAGCCCAUUUUUCAUUUGCACGGAGGACUGAUGGACGCCGCUGGUCCUUGGCUUCUCUCCCCUCCUCUGGCUAUGGGACAAACACGCCCAGCUCCACCGUUUCGUCAUCCUGUUCCUCCCAGGAGAAGCUGCAUCAGCUACCAUACCAACCAACGCCAGAUGAAUUACACUUCUUGUCGAAACAUUUUUGUACUACCGAAAGCAUCGCCACAGAGAGAUGCAGGAACACCUCCAUGCGCCCCCGUUCCCGGAGUCUGAGCCCUGGACGUUCUCCCGCCUGCUGUGACCAUGAAAUAAUUAUGAUGAACCAUGUCUACAAAGAAAGGUUCCCGAAGGCUACAGCUCAGAUGGAAGACCGUCUAAAGGACAUUAUCACCAGCUACUCUCCCGACCACGUCCUCCCCCUCGCAGAUGGAGUGCUCAGUUUCACUCACCAUCAGAUUAUUGAACUGGCUCGAGAUUGCUUGGAUAAAUCCCACCAGGGUCUCAUCACCUCACGAUACUUCCUUGAAUUACAGCACAAAUUAGAUAAGUUGCUACAGGAGGCUCAUGAUCGGUCAGAAAGUGGCGAACUGGCAUUCAUUAAACAGCUAGUCCGAAAGAUCCUCAUUGUCAUUGCCCGCCCUGCCCGGUUACUAGAGUGCCUGGAAUUUGAUCCUGAAGAAUUCUACUACCUAUUGGAAGCGGCAGAGGGCCAUGCAAAAGAAGGACAGGGUAUUAAAACGGACAUUCCCAGGUACAUCAUUAGCCAGCUGGGGCUCAAUAAGGAUCCUUUGGAAGAAAUGGCUCAGCUGGGAAACUAUAAUAGCGGGACAGCAGAAACACCAGAAACAGAUGAAUCAGUGAGCAGCUCUAACACGUCCCUGAAACUUCGAAGGAAACCUCGGGAAAGUGAUUUUGAAACGAUUAAAUUGAUUAGCAAUGGAGCCUAUGGGGCAGUCUACUUCGUGCGGCAUAAGGAGUCCCGGCAGAGGUUUGCCAUGAAGAAGAUUAACAAACAGAACCUCAUCCUCCGGAACCAGAUCCAGCAGGCCUUCGUGGAGCGGGACAUCCUGACGUUUGCGGAGAACCCCUUUGUGGUCAGCAUGUAUUGCUCCUUCGAAACCAGGCGCCACCUGUGCAUGGUCAUGGAGUAUGUGGAAGGGGGCGACUGUGCUACCUUAAUGAAGAACAUGGGCCCUCUCCCUGUUGAUAUGGCCAGGAUGUACUUUGCUGAGACAGUCCUGGCCUUGGAAUAUCUGCAUAAUUAUGGAAUUGUCCACAGGGAUUUGAAACCAGAUAAUUUGCUGGUCACCUCCAUGGGGCACAUAAAACUGACAGAUUUCGGAUUAUCCAAGGUGGGACUGAUGAGCAUGACUACCAAUCUUUAUGAGGGUCAUAUUGAGAAGGAUGCUCGAGAGUUCCUAGACAAACAGGUCUGCGGCACACCUGAGUACAUUGCACCAGAGGUGAUUCUGAGGCAGGGCUAUGGGAAGCCUGUGGACUGGUGGGCCAUGGGGAUUAUCCUCUAUGAAUUUCUGGUUGGAUGUGUGCCAUUCUUCGGGGACACUCCAGAAGAGCUGUUUGGACAAGUCAUCAGUGAUGAGAUCAACUGGCCGGAGAAGGACGAGGCCCCACCCCCCGAUGCCCAGGACCUGAUUACCUUGCUUCUCAGGCAGAAUCCCCUGGAGAGACUGGGAACAGGCGGUGCCUACGAGGUCAAACAGCAUCAGUUCUUCCGCUCUUUGGACUGGAACAGUUUGCUGAGACAGAAGGCGGAGUUUAUCCCCCAGCUGGAAUCCGAGGACGACACCAGUUACUUUGACACUCGGUCAGAGAAGUAUCACCACAUGGAGACUGAGGAAGAAGAUGACACGAACGACGAAGACUUCAACGUGGAAAUAAGGCAGUUCUCCUCAUGCUCACAUCGGUUCUCCAAGGUUUUCAGCAGUAUAGAUCGAAUGACUCAGAAUUCAGGAGAAGAGAAGGAAGACCCUGGAGACAAAACCAAAAGCACAACUUUGCCAUCCACGGAAACAUUAAGCUGGAGUUCAGAAUAUUCUGAAAUGCAACAGUUAUCCACAUCCAACUCUUCAGAUACUGAAAGCAACAGACAUAAACUCACUUCCGGCCUGCUUCCCAAACUGGCUAUUUCAACAGAGGCAGAACAAGAUGAAGCCACUCCCUGCCCCGGAGACCCCCGUGAGGAGCCAGAAAAGCCAGCCCUUCCUCCUGCUGAGUGUGCUCAGGAGGAGCCUGAGGUCACCACCCCGGCCAGCACCAUCAGCAGCUCCACCCUGUCAGUUGGCAGUUUUUCAGAGCACUUGGAUCAGAUAAAUGGACGCAGCGAGGGUGUGGACAGUGCAGAUAAUUCCUCAAAGCCAUCCAGUGAACCCACUUCUCACGUGGCUCGGCAACGCUUAGAAAGCACAGAAAAAAGGAAAAUCUCGGGGAAAGUCACAAAGUCCCUUUCUGCCAGUGCCCUGUCCCUCAUGAUCCCAGGAGACAUGUUUGCUGUUUCUCCACUGGGGAGUCCCAUGUCUCCCCACUCCUUGUCCUCGGACCCUUCCUCCUCACGGGAUUCCUCUCCCAGCCGGGAUUCUUCAGCGGCUUCUGCCAGUCCGCACCAGCCCGUUGUCAUCCACAGCUCAGGGAAGAACUAUGGGUUCACCAUCCGAGCCAUCCGGGUGUACGUGGGAGACAGCGACAUCUACACCGUGCACCACAUUGUUUGGAAUGUGGAAGAAGGAAGUCCAGCAUGCCAGGCGGGACUGAAGGCCGGGGACCUGAUCACACACAUCAACGGAGAACCCGUGCAUGGACUUGUCCACACGGAAGUCAUCGAGCUGUUGCUGAAGAGUGGGAAUAAGGUGUCAAUCACUACCACCCCGUUUGAAAACACAUCCAUCAAAACGGGACCAGCCAGGAGAAACAGCUAUAAGAGCCGGAUGGUGAGGCGGAGCAAGAAAUCCAAGAAGAAGGAAAACCUGGAAAGGAGGAGAUCCCUUUUCAAAAAACUAGCCAAGCAGCCUUCUCCUUUACUUCACACCAGCCGAAGUUUCUCCUGCUUGAACCGAUCACUGUCCUCGGGGGAGAGCCUCCCGGGGUCCCCCACCCACAGUCUGUCUCCCCGAUCUCCCACGCCCAGCUAUCGGUCCACCCCUGACUUCCCAUCUGGAACUAACUCCUCGCAGAGCAGCUCCCCAAGUUCUAGUGCUCCCAACUCCCCAGCGGGGUCAGGACACAUCCGACCCAGCACUCUCCACGGUCUGGCCCCCAAACUCAGUGGGCAGCGGUACCGGUCCGGGAGGCGCAAGUCAGCGGGCAGCAUCCCACUGUCCCCCCUGGCCCGGACACCCUCUCCGACUCCGCAGCCCACGUCUCCUCAGCGGUCUCCGUCGCCUCUGCUGGGACACUCACUUGGCAAUUCUAAGAUUACUCAAGCCUUUCCCAGCAAAAUGCACUCCCCUCCCACCAUCGUCAGACACAUCGUGAGGCCCAAGAGCGCGGAGCCCCCGCGGUCGCCCCUGCUCAAGCGCGUGCAGUCGGAGGAGAAGCUCUCUCCCUCCUACAGCAGCGACAAGAAGCACCUGUGCUCCCGCAAGCACAGCCUGGAGGUGACCCAGGAGGAGGUGCAGCGGGAACAGCCGCAGCGGGAGGUGACCCUGCAGAGCCUGGAGGAGAACACCUGUGACGCCCCGGCCCUCAGCCGGGCCAGGCCGGUGGAGCAAGGCUGCCUGAAGCGCCCGGUCUCCCGGAAGCUGGGAAGGCAGGAGUCUGUGGACGACCUGGACCGGGAGAAGCUGAAGACCAAGGUGGUGGUGAAGAAACCCGACGGCCUCCCGGAGAAACAAGACUCCCACCAGAAACCCCACGGACUUGCUAGUGACUUGGAAAACCACUCUGCCUUGAGGCUGGAAGAGAGAGAGAAGAAAAUAUAUCCAAAGGUUUUAGAAAGGUCAACCCAUUUUGAAAGCAAAGCAGCCGCACCGGAGGCGCAGGCCCUGGGCAGCCUGCUGAAGGGCGCCCUUCACAAGCGGGCCAGCGAGGGCGCGGCCGCCGACGGGGUGGCGGCUGCCUGUGGCCAGGCGCCCGGGGAGCUCGGCCAGGGCCCCUGUGACUUCAAACACGCCUCUGCUCCCAGCAUCCUUCAAGAUGGUCUCUGUCACUCCGCAGACAGGCCCGUCUCCGGGAAGGGGGACAGUGUGGAGAAGGCUCCCCCGGCCAAGGAGUGUCUCCGGUGUGAAAAGUUAGAUGGCAAGCUGGCCAACAUCGAUUACCUCCGAAAGAAAAUGUCAGUCGAAGACAAAGAUGACAACGUCUGUCCUGUGCUCAAGCCCAAGAUGACCCCUAGUGCCCAUGAAUGCCUGCCAGGAAACGCAGUCCGGCCCGUGAGUGGGCAGCAGGAGACGGCGCCCACCUCUGAGAGCCGAGCGUUCAUCAGCAGCGCCCACGUGGCUCCGAUGAGCGGCGUGUCCUUCGUCCCGCUCAAGGCCUUAGCUGGCCGGGUGGACGGCGGAGCAGAGAAGCCGGGCUUGGUUGCUUCUGAGUCACCUGUCCGGAAGAGCCCCUCUGAGUAUAAGCUGGAAGGUAGGUCUGUGUCAUGUCUGAAGCCAAUUGAGGGCACUCUGGACAUUGCGCUCCUGUCUGGACCCCAGGCCCCCAAGACCGAGCUGCCUUCCCCAGCAUCCACACAGAGCCCCAGCCCAGGCAGCGGGCCCUCUGUGCCGCCCGCUCUCCCCAGCAACAGGGGGAAGAAGGGUGACCCCGCUACUCAGAAGGAGCCUUCCCCUGCUGGCUUCAAGGUGAACAAAUCCUGCGUGCUCGAGCCUCGGUUCCUGCCACCCAGCCGGGGUCUCCAGGGUGCACCAUCCGCUCCCCUGCCCGACCCAGAGCUGAAGCAGGACAGGAAAGUUGCCCAUGCUACCAGGAGCCUGGCCACAUACGUGGAGAACGACCCCCAGCGGAGAGAGGGCAACCCCAGCAAACACCAAGGCCCGAGCCCCGACGCGAGAUGCCUGCCCUUGCUGGGGCAGAAUGCCCAGGGCGCCCACCCGGCCAGGCCCCACGGCCCGCUCCCACCGGAAGUCGCCCCCUCCCGGGACAAGCUGAGUGGGAGGGAAUCGCUGGAAAAGGGCCCUUCCGCAGCCAGAACUGAGCCGUCUGCUGCCAGGGCGAAUGUCCGCAGAGACCCCUCCAUGGAGCUGUGUCCUCCAGAAGCUGCUAAACCCGGUGACAACAGGAACCUCUCCUCUGUGGGGAGGGCCCGCCCGGACCUCCAUGCACAGACCCAGGCCGUGGAGAAAGCGUGGGGGCCUUGUGGGAAGACAAACCACAGAGAUGGCCGAGAUGAGGCCAGGCCGCCGGCCAGAGAGGACUCCUCUUCACACUCAGUGGGGACCCCUUGUGAGAGGGAGCUGGGCAAGGGGAGGAGUGGCCUGGAACCCAAGGCGGACGCCCCUCCGGCCCGGCGCGCCCUGCCGCCCCCCGAGAGUGGGAGGAGUGAAAAGCUCUCCAGUUUCCCUGCUCUGCAGAAAGAAGCCUCCAAGGAACCAGAAAGGAAAGAACAGCUGCAACAGCGUCCCAGCGGUGGCUCUCAGCCCCCACCGGUUACCAAAGAACUGCCCAGCCUGGCAGCUCGGCAGCACUGGGGCACCCCCAGCCUCUCUUCAGGCAGAGAGCUGGGCAGCAAACCCUGUGCGGCAGAGCCCAGCCUGGGCCUCCAGGACCCACCCAAGCCCACUGCUGGGCACAGCGAAAGCAGUGGCCACAAGCCCAGGCCUGGCCUUGACCCUCCGAAGUCCAAGCACACAGACAGGCCCCUCUCCUCGCAGAAGCUGAGCGUCGGGGCUGCAGUGGUCAGAGAGCCUGGCACACAGGCCCCCGGUGGCCCCAGCCGAGAGGGAAAGGGCAGCAGUAAGGACGUGUUGGAUGCACCCCCUGCCCUCCCAGGCCCCCAGAACACAGCCAGCAAUGUGAUCUGCCAGGGAGGCGGUGGGCCCUCAGGCUCCCUGCUUCCCAAAGGGGGUCCUCUGGACACCAAGCUGAAGCCCCCCGAUGGUGGGCACGUCCCAGAGAUGCGGGAGAAGCCUGUGCACCUGCCACGGCAGGGACACCCAGGGCUGAGUGAGUCUGUGGACCAGAAACUUCCCACUGUCAGUGAAAAGCUAGACCUGUCUCCAAAGCACCCCAAACCAUCCACUGUGAAAGAUGGCCCCCUGCCAUGCAGACAGACAGACAAGAGCCCUAGCCCCUUGGCCACGGCCACAGAUAGGAAGUCUGAAGGGAAGAAAUACACGGAAGCACUUUAUGUUCCGGCGGACGGCGGGAAGCCGGAGGACAGCUGGUCUCUGGCACAUGGUGAGGCCAGGCCGAGGGGCACAGAGAGGCCGGCAGCAGCCCUGGGGAAGGGCUUGUCAGAGGCCAAGGGGAAAGGGCUUGGUCCCCAGAAGCCACCAACGGAGGCAGGCAAGCCCGGCGGCAUGAAAUGGUCCCCCUCAGCCAUCGGGCAGAGUUCGUUUCGGUCCACUGCCCUCCUGGAGACGUCUCUGGGCGGCUCUGCCAGCUUUCCUGAAGCCAGACCAGGAGUUCGAGAGGCCCCCACAGCCAGCGGCGACCCCUCUCCUGCCCAGGCCGGUGGAGCCACCGCUGAGCCCGCAGCUCCCAGCCACCGGGACCAGAGGAAACCCCCAUCUGGGGGCGACGGUGGAGCUCAGAUGACAAAGAGUGACUCCUUUCCAUCCUUCCGGAGCCCCACCGUCACCAUGGAGUUACACCACCCCAACCCAAACGGGGCAGGGGGAGCCGGUCCCCGGGACAGGGCCCCCUCGGUAACGGCCAGCACAGGAGAAACCAAAGGGAAAGAGCCUGCCCCGGCCCAGCCUCCUCAGACUAGGAAACAGAACGUGGGCAGAGAGGGCGCCAAGCCGUCCCCUGCUCCCAGCUCUGACCGCCCCGUCGCCCUUUCUUCUGAGAAGGACUUCGUGGUCCGGCAGAGGCGGGGGAAGGAGGGUUUUCGGAGCAGCCCUCACAAGAAGGCCUCCUAAUGGGGCAGCCCCAGCGGCACAGGGGGACCCCGCCUGAAUGUGUCACUGCGUCCUGACUACCUUCGAAACCAGCACUGCGGGAAUUGCCAGGCAGGGCCUGGGGCCGCGCUGCAGGAGGGGGAGAGAGAGAAAGAGGAAAGAAAGAGGGACCUCUUCCAAAUGCCUUCCCAGUUCUAACCGGUAAAACUGUUACCAGAUAGUGUUUGUACGAGAAAAAUAAACACCUUUACAGUUGAGGGUUGUUGAGGGUAUUUCUCUGUAAAUAUCUGGCAAUGUGUUUGGUUUGGGAUGUAGAGUCUACACCUUGCUGCUCAUUGCAUCAUUUACUACAGCUUUAAAAAAAAAAAAAAGUAAGAUUUUUGCUUUACCACGUAUUAUAAUGUAGUAAUGAAGCAAAAUGGUUAAAACCGAUGUAUGUGAAAGUAUGGAGACACCCAUAUUCGUGUAUAUACACACCCACACACAUGUUUUGGUCUGUGGUUUGACUAUUUUAAGACUACAUUUUUUCUAAGUUAAAACACCCAGAGUAGAGAGAAAGAUGCAAGAAAUCCUUGGAUACAGUAGCUGGUGAGUUUUUAUGUGUCUUUUUAACCAGAGAUUUGGGUAGUACUGUAUCUGGCUACCUGUGUUUCCAGAUCUAACGCCAGAAGUACUCUAAUUGCUGCACCUGGAAUCCUCCUCCGCUAGGAAUGGCCCGCACACGUGGGCUCGCCGUGUCCAUCUCACGGUCAUCCUAAUGAACCUUUCGCUCCUGCGUCCCCCGCCCGCAAGGCCGGCUGUCCUCGUCGGGGGCUGUGUCGUCGGCUCUCCACCCUCGGUCGAGCGGGGCCUCUAAACACACGUGGUCUUUCUGUCUGUGCUCCUGCUUUUUCUUCGUUUCAUGCUCUUAAACUCAGGCCUUUCUGCUGUGAGCCGCUAGUCUGAGAAGCACACCUGCGAUAGUCCAGCACCAGCUCUGCUCUGAACACAAAAGGAACAGGACUCGCUGCACACACACCUGCUAGUACUUAGCUUGAGUAACAAGCGUCAGGCACUGGAAGAGGUUUUAA